GUUAUUUACGCUGAUGAUACGAGCCUUUUCUUUUCCUCCUCUGACGUUGAACAACUAACUGGCACUGCUAACCGAGUAUUGGCAUUAUUAUCACGGUGGUCAUUAGUCAACUCAUUGAAAAUCAACAAAGAAAAAACUAAAGCUGUAAUAUUUCGUCCUAAAGGAAAGCUUGUAAUGCACCCACCGCCUUUAGUUUUGAGUGACACCAUUAUCGAGUAUGUAGAAACGUUUAGAUCCCUCGGUGUAAGUUUUACCGCAACGAUGACAUGGGACGCCCACAUAAACGAGGUUUGUCUUGCCCUUUCUAAGGUUGUAGGAAUAACCUCGCGUAAUAAGUACGUUCUACCUGAAAAAACUAAACUUACUUUGUAUUACGCUUUCUUUUAUUCAUAUUUAAGCUAUUGUUUUCUUGUCUGGGGUAAUACCACAACAUCCAAUAUUCAGAAGCUUCUGAUCUUGCAAAAGAAAAUGCUACGUGCUAUUACAAAAGCUCCAUAUAAUUCCCCAACCGGGCAUGCUUACUCGCAGUUUAAAAUUGUGCCUGUAUAUAAUUUAUUUGAAUAUAGAUUCGCGUGUUUUUACAAAAAUAGUAUAGCUAAAAACGAUAAUUUUCUUUCACGUAUUGUUUCUACUGUGCCCCACAAUACGCCUUAUGCAACCAGGGAAAAAGACAGCUUUGUUUUACCUAGAUGUAGAACGAACUAUGGCUUUACAAUGUUGCGAUAUAUCUUGCCUAAGUUUUUGAAUACUCCUCUAUGUGAUCACCUGAAUGGUAUGUCUUCUUCUGUCCUUAGGAACGCUUUUCUAUAA